UUUAUUUCAGGCAGUGGUCUUGGCAUCCGCCACUUGCAGAUGGUUUUAACUGCAGUUUGUGCCAUGGUAAUCUACGUGAUGAGAAGCAGCAUGGGUGUCGCGGUGCUAGCCAUGACUGACACCACCAAAAACAGUACUACGGUUGAGAUAUACGAAUGGAACGAGGAGAUCCAAGGAGUGGUAUUGUCUUCCUUUUUCUGGGGGUACACCAUCAUGCAGAUCCCGGCAGGUAUCCUGGCGAAGAAGUUUGGUGGCAAACCGAUGCUCUUGUCUGCUCUAAUCAUCAAUGGAAUACUGUGCUUAGCUACACCUACUUUAGCUAAAUUUGGAUCUUGGAUAGCGGUGUGCCUAGUCCGCAUGGCUAUGGGCCUGACGCAGGCUUGCUUCAUGCCUAGCACACACACGCUAAUAGGCCAGUGGGCCCCUCCGCAGGAAAGGACAAGACUUAGCAUGAUCGCUUAUGCAGGCAUUCAAAUAGGGACGAUUUUGACGAUGCCUGUUUGUGGCGUGCUGUCUUCAACGUCGCUUGGCUGGACGCUCAUUUUCUAUACAAUGGGUGUGCUCGCUUGUGGGACUGCUAUCUUAUGGUGGGGAUUUGCGGGAAGUAGUCCCAGAGAGCACCGCUGGGUAAAAGAGGAAGAGCGAGAGUAUAUUGAGAUCUCGCUUAAUUCCAGUGGGAAGGCCUGCCCGCCCAUUCCUUGGCGGAGUAUCCUCACAUCACGGCCUCUCUACGCCACGGCGAUCAUCCAUAUCGGUUUCAACUGGAGCUUCGUUAUGUUUCUGGUCCAAAUGCCUACUUAUUUGAAACAGGCACUGGGAAUUAACUUGAAAAAUAGUUCCUCACUUUCGGCCCUCCCGUUCAUCGGACAAUGGAUUGUCUUGGUGAUUACUGGCGUGCUAAGCGAUUACCUUAUAAAUAACAAUAUACUCAGUCUGGACGCUACUCGGAAACUUUUCAACUCAAUAGGCUGCGUAGGCGGCGGUAUAGGUCUCAUAGUGAUGUCAUACCUCACAAGUGAGCACCAGAAUAUCGCCAUAGCAGUGAUGACACUCACUGGUGGGAUUUUGAGCAGCAGCGGGUGCGGCUAUGUGUUAAACCACAUCGACCUGUCACCUAAUUUCGGUGGCAUUAUGUUCGGCAUGACCAACUGCGUUGCCAAUCUCGUUGCCAUCUUGGCACCUCUUAGCACUGGCUUCAUCCUUGGUGACCAUCCUACUGACCCCGCUAGAUGGCGCAUCGUGUUUUUCUUGGCAGCUGGCCUAAUAAUCACCGGGGACCUGGUAUUUCGAUUCUUGGGCACCACUAAGCUCCAAGCGUGGAACGAUGCGCCAGACGAUUAUGAACCAGGCAAAGAAAAACAGUUGAAAAAUAAUACGGACUCAGAAAGAGCGAGUCAAGAAAUUGUGUAUAGUUUUCAGAACCAGCUCAAAGACGAUUCAUUGUGAUAAUGUUGUAUAUAUGUAAAAUAAAUAACUUAUUUAUU